AUGGAGCCUAUCCCUAAUGGUGAUGGCGAUGCCAUGAUAGAACACCAUCCUCACCACGAUGCAUCGGGCAUGGAGAGGAAGAUCACCCUCUCAGGCAUGGUGAAACCUGUUGCUGGUGGUAUCAUAUCAGGCUUGGUGAUUGUCUUUCGUAUUGUAUCUCUAGCAUCAGUAUAUUUUUCUGACCCUUUAAUAGCACCAUGGAUAGGUGUAUGUCAGAACUCUAUAUUGAUAUCAGCAAUGCUGAGUCAAUUAUUCCAUUGUAAUCAUAAAAUCAAAGGGCUUAUAGCAGCCCCUUCAAGUGUUGGUCUACCCUUUCUAUCCACCAUAACAGCAGCUUAUGUUGAUGCUGCUGGUAAUAAUGCUAAACUAGCCGUAUCUGAAGUACUCACGAUAUUUGGUGCGACUACUCUGGCCUUCGGAUUAUUCCUGUCUAUCGUUGUCCUCAUUGGAAGGGAUUAUCUAGACACUAUCAAGUCGGGCUUCCCUCAACCCGUCAUAUAUGGUUUCUUCACUGCUGUGGGUCUGGCUAUGUGCAAGUCGUCCAACGACACAGCUGUAGGGUUUACCAUCAAGACCUUUGAUGACUUUGUAAGUAUGAUACAGGAUAAGACCCUCCUUUUACAGUCUAUAGCUGGUUGUGUAUGUGGCCUUAUGAACAGGUUUGGCAAUAGAUGGUUUCCCAAUCCUCUCCUCUUACCUUGUAUUUUCAUAAUUGAACUGUUCCUAUUGUAUGGACUAGUGUGUGGUAUAUUGGAUCUAUCAUUGGCGGAUGCUCGAGAAGAACGAUGGCUAUUCGGCAGCCUGCCUUACCAACCUUUGAGUGCUCUGGUCGAGGACUAUGGUAACCCUUUGAAAUUCGACUAUGGCUACCUGUUCUCCGAAUACUCUGUUGCCAUAUUCUCGAUGUUUGUCGUUUACUUUGUUGAUAUGAGUGCAGGGGCAGUUGUGAGUACCACGCCCCAAUGCUGGGUCGAUCAUCCCAUCUCUCAGGUUCCAUUGGAAGCUACUUCACAUGUGGAAUUGAAUAUGAAAUCCGAGAUUGAGCGAGCCGCUAUAUCCAACUCCGUGUGUGGUCUCAUAGGAGGUUCCGCAUCCUAUGUAUCCUACUCUAACACUCGUAUCAAUCAAGAUGCUGGAGGAGGCACCACACGUUGGUCCGGCUUCUUCUAUGCCCUCACAUGUUUCCUAUGGCUUCUUGUGGGUCAAGACUUGCUACAGUUUGUUCCCAAGCCCUGGGUUGCUGGUAUGCUGUAUCAUAUAGCUUUCGGUUAUCUACUUGAUGGUUUAUGGGAACCUCGUCAUCUUGUAAAUGCUUCCGAGAAGUUUGUCGUGGCUCUGAUUGCGGUAGCAUAUCUAUUCAAAGGAGUCGUAUGGGCCAUCUGUGCUGGUCUAGCUUUAUGCUGCAUUUACUUCACCCUGCGUGUGUCCUCAGCACCAGUAGUUACCUUCGAGACUGAUGUUAGGAGUACCAAGGCACGGACCAUCGAGGAGAUUAACAUUUUGGACAACUCCUUUCAAGACAAGACUAUUGUUGUUGCUAAGACCAUAGCUAGUAGUCUCUUUUUCGGGUCUGGUGCCAGAUUCUCCCAAGCUCUUACUAGCUACACGAGUGAUUUUAAGAACACUCGUUAUUUAGUGUUAGACUUCGAAUCCCUAACUUCCAUUGAUUCAAGUGCUCUGGUAUCGCUGAAUAAGAUACCCAGCCUAUUGCCAAUGACCGAUGGUGGUGGUGGUAGCUUUGUCAUUGCUAAUUUGACCAAAGAUAGCCAGGUGGAGCAGGUUAGAGAGUUCGUGAAGAAAGCUAAAGUUUUCGACGACUUGGACACUGCUUUAGAGUAUGUAGAGGAUAAAUGUAUUGUCACUCAGCUGUCGCAGUUUGAGAUGCUGGAGUCUGGUAUGGGGCUUGGUCCGAUCUCGCGGCUUUCGUCACGAGUAUCAUCUAAUGCAGCUGGUGCUGAGGAGGAAGAUGAGGAAGCUAAUCGCCUUUUAUCGGAAACCUUUGGGUCUUCAGCUGCUGCUGGGUUGAAUAGUUAUGCUAAUCUGCCAGCACUUGAUAGCUAUGAGGAUCUUGCCAAUCUAUCAUAUGAUAUGUACGAUCAACAUCAACAACAACAGAUGGUAUACGAGACAGAGGAGGAUAGAGUGACCAUUAUGAACAAUCUGUGCCGGAAACUAAUUGGGAAAGUAUUCGGUUAUGAGCUCAUAAAUACCCUCGCAACCAAGAUGCAGCAUAUAGAGGUAUCUCGUGGUGAUGUCGUUUAUGAAGAGGGUCAGAUAGCAAGAGGAGCUUAUCUAUUGAUAUCCGGGGAACUCAGCUUGUACACUGGCCCUUCCCCUUACACAGGCCAGAAUAGGCCCAGCUAUGGAUAUACCGAGGACUAG